AUGCAUCCUGGUGUGGACUCUGGAGUGGCCUAUGCAGACACAAUCAGACUUCGACAGUCUGCAUAUGCACACCACCCAAGUACAAAUGAGCACAGCAUUCCCAGUCAGGUUGCAGAUAUUUUAUUCCAAACUGCCCAAAAUGCAGGAAUCAGUUUCGAUACUGUGUGUGGAGUACCUUAUACAGCUUUGCCUUUGGCUACUGUUAUCUGCUCAACAUAUCAAAUCCCGAUACUCAUUAGAAGGAAAGAAACAAAGAGCUAUGGUACUAAGCGUCUUAUAGAAGGAGCUAUUAAUCCAGGAAAAACCUGUCUUGUUAUUGAAGAUGUGGUCACCAGUGGAGCUAGUGUUUUGGAGACUGUUGAGGCUCUGCAGAAGGAGGGCCUGCAGGUCACCGAUGCCGUGGUACUGCUAGACCGUGAGCAGGGCGGCAGAGACAAGCUGCAGGCCCACGGGGUCCGGCUACAUGCAGUGUGCACAAUUUCCCAAAUGCUAGAGAUUCUCAAGCAGCAGCAAAGAGUUGAUGCUGAGGUGGUUGAGAGAGUAAAGCAAUUCAUUCAGGAGAAUGUUUUUAUGGCCGCCCCUCAGAAUGGCUCUCUCUUCUCUCUGAAGAAAGCACCAGAAGAGCUCAGCUUUGCUGCACGUGCAGAGCUGCCUGGCAUCCACCCGGUUGCAUCUAAGCUUCUCAGGCUUAUGCAGAAGAAGGAGACCAACCUGUGUCUGUCUGGUGAUGUUUCAGAGGCCAGAGAGCUGUUGCAGCUAGCAGAUGCCUUAGGGCCCAGUAUCUGCAUGCUCAAGACGCAUGUAGAUAUCUUGGAUGACUUCACUCUGGAUAUGAUGAAGGAGCUGACAGCGCUGGCAAAACAGCAUGAGUUCUUAAUAUUUGAAGACCGGAAAUUUGCAGAUAUAGGAAACACAGUGAAAAAGCAAUAUGAAGGUGGUAUCUUUAAAAUAGCAUCCUGGGCAGAUGUAGUAAAUGCCCAUGUGGUGCCAGGCUCAGGCGUCGUGAAGGGUCUGCAGGAAGUGGGCCUGCCUCUGCACCGGGGCUGUCUGCUCAUUGCGGAAAUGAGCUCUGCUGGCUCCCUGGCCACUGGGGACUACACUAGUGCUGCGGUUAGAAUGGCUGAGCACCAUUGUGAUUUUGUGAUUGGUUUUAUUUCUGGCUCCCGAGUAAGCAUGAAACCAGAAUUUCUUCACUUGACGCCAGGAGUUCAACUGGAAGCAGGAGGAGAUCAUCUUGGCCAACAGUACAACAGUCCCCAAGAAGUUAUUGGCAGACGAGGUUCUGACAUCAUCAUUGUGGGCCGGGGCAUACUUUCUGCACCCAAUCGCCUGGAAGCUGCAGAGAUGUACAGAAAAGCCGCUUGGGAAGCAUAUUUGAGUAGACUUGCAGUUUGAGUGCCUCAGCUACGUUUACAUGAAGACACUGAGGAUAUGUGGGCUCCAGCAAAUUACCAGCUUGAAAUGAGCUUGAAUAAGCUUUUUUUGUUUUUGUUUUUGUGCUUUGUUUUGUUUACUGGUAUUUGUUAGGCACAACUGUGACAGACUCUGUCUCUAGUUGGGACUAAUCUACUUUGCUGUGUGUCUGUAAUACUGGGGGGUUGAAUGCUGGGUCUUUUCACUGAGCUAUGUUC